UCAGUCAUCGGUGUACCAUGUGCAUCCGGACUGUCACGGGAGGAUUGAACAGAUGCCGUUGACGCACAACCGUGGAAUUUUGAGAGCGCGUGGACAAUGUGGAUCCGAUGUUGGCGGUCCCCAACAGAAGUUUUGUGCCCGUCGCUACAAGGCCUUAUUUCCACAGGGUUGGGAAUUGCACCAGCCUCUGCGUGCGAGUGUGUGUUGA